UCGGAUGGGGCCGCAGGAGCCGGGUGAUUACAUCAUCAAGGAGAAGACGGUGCUGCUGCAGAAGAAGGACAGCGAGGGCUUCGGCUUCGUCCUGCGGGGGGCCAAGGCGCAGACCCCCAUCGAGGAGUUCACCCCCACCCCCGCAUUCCCCGCCCUGCAGUACCUGGAGUCCGUGGACGAGGGGGGCGUGGCCUGGAGAGCCGGACUGCGCAUGGGCGACUUCCUGAUCGAGGUGAACGGUCAGAACGUGGUGAAGGUGGGGCACCGGCAGGUGGUGAACAUGAUCCGCCAGGGCGGGAACAGCCUCGUGCUCAAGGUGGUGAUGGUGACGCGACACCCGGAACCCCCCGAGGGACCCCGGCGCAGGGCCGCCCCCCCCCAGCCGCGGCGCCUCCCCGCCCCCGCCAUCUCCCUGCGCUCCAAGUCCAUGACGUCAGAGCUGGAGGAGAUGGAAUUCCCUCAAAAUCCCCAACCCUCCUCGACCACCGAGAAGAAGAGGACGGUUUAUCAGAUGGCCCUCAAUAAACUGGACGAGAUUUUGGCGGCGGCGCAGCAGAGCAUCAGCGCGGGGGAGGGGCCGGGGGCGCCCCUGGGACCCCCCCUGGGCAAGGGGGGGCGCCCCAAAGGAUUCUUCGGAGCCGAGGGUCCCUUCGAGGCUCACCGGAUGGGGCCGGGGGGCUUCGAGCGCCCCUUCCUCCCCACGGGUCCCCCCCAUGGGCUGAUGCUGCGCCAGAAAUCCAUCGGUGCCCCCGAGGAGGACAAGCCCUACCUGGCCCCCCCCGCGGGGAAAUUCAGCCGCAGCCUCUCGGUGCCGGGCUCGGACGAGAUCCCCCCUCCCCCCACCACCUCCCCCCCGGAACCCCCUUACACCGCCCCUCCCCCACCCAGGGGCGACAAGAGCUCUAUCGCGAUACCCACGAUAGUGGUGAAGGCGCCCUCCACCAGCAGCUCCGGCCGCAGCAGCCGCGGCAGCAGCGUCGAGGCUGAGGCGGGGGUGGGGGUGGGGGGCAGCGCGGGGGGACCCCCGGAAGGGGGAGGGGGAGGAGGGGCGGGGGGAGGGGCGCAGGUGGGUGGGGGUCCCUCCGCCCCUCCCCCCCCCAGCGGGGGGGUGGGGGCGGGGCUGGAUUUCACCUCCCAGUUCGGGGCGGCGCUGGUGGGGGCGGCGCGGCGCGAGUGGGGGGCGGGGCGGCGCUCGGCGCUCUUCCUCAGCACCGAGGAGGAGGAGGAUGGCGGAGGGGAGGGGGGGGUCUCCGGGGGGGGUCCCCCCGCCCCCCGCUUGCGUCACUCCAAAAGCAUCGACGAGGGGAUGUUCGCGGCGGGGGGAGGGGCGGGGGGGGGAGACCCCUUCCCCGCCCCCACCCGCGGUUAUCGGGGGGCGGCGGGGGGGGGGAGGGAGGGGGCUCUGCCCCCCCCCGCCCCCUCGGUGGACGGCGACGAGGAGCUGCUGCUGGCCGAGCCCCUCCCCCCGCCGCUGGAAUUCGCCAACAGCUUCGAGACCCCUCCCCACCCCGGCCAGGGACCCCCGCCCCCGCCGCCGCCCCCUCCCCCGGGCGACUCGGCCGCCUCCAGCCUCACCUCGUACGACAGCGAGGUGGCCACGCUGACCCAGAGCGGCCCGGGGGGCGCCGCCCACGACCCCCGGCCCCGCGGAGGAGGAGGAGGAGGAGGGGUGGGGGUCUCCGGGGUGCUGUCGGGGGGGGCGGGACCCCCUCCCCCCGAGGGCGCCGAGGUGGUGACGGACUCCGGGAUCGAGGAGGUGGACAGCCGGAGCAGCAGCGACCACCCCCCCGAGGCGGCCGAGGGACCCCCCCCAGGACGGGCCCGAGAGGCGCCCCCGGGGGAGGGGGGCGCUGAGGGGGCGCCCCGAGUGGGAGGAGACCCCCCCGCCCCUCCCCCACCCCCUCCCCCACCCCCGCGGGGGGAUGGGCAGCGGGUGGAGCCGCGCCGGACACGACGGAGGAGGAGGAGGAGGGUUCGGGGGAAGGCACAGCCCCUCCCCCCCACCGCCGCCCUCUUCCCCCAUUGGCCGCCCCCUCCCAAACCCGGCGGGGUGGGCGUGGCCGUGGGGGGGGACCUGGACUUCGACGUGGCCGACUGGCUGGAGUCGCUGAACCUGGGCGAGCACCGCGCGCGCUUCCUGCACAACGAGAUCGACGGGACGCACCUGCCGGCGCUGACCAAGGAGGAUUACAUCGACCUGGGCGUCACCCGCGUCGGGCACCGCAUGAACAUCGACCGCGCCCUCCGCCUCUUCCUCGAGAGGUGA